CGGACUUUCUCUCUGUACGUUUGCGGAUAUUGCAUCGGAAGAGAUGUCACGAGAUUUGGCAAACGAAAUCGAGAAGCUAUUGGGGUCGAGUAACACGUACAUUCGGAAGAAGGCUGCACUUUGUGCUCUUCGAGUAAUUCGCAAAGUGCCUGAACUCACUGAUCACUUUGUUUCGAAGGCGAAGAACCUCUUGGCCGACCGGAAUCAUGGAGUGUUACUCACGGCGAUUACACUUGUCAUCGAGAUGGUGCAGGCCGAUCCUACCUGCCUGGAAGAAUUUAGGAAUGCUGUACCCCUCCUUGUUCGACAUCUCAAAGCUCUUGUGACCACCGGAUACAGUCCAGAGCACGACGUCUCGGGAAUCACCGAUCCGUUCCUUCAAGUGAAGGUCCUUCGUCUGCUCAGGUUACUCGGAAAGGGAGAUGCACAAGCGAGCGAGAUAAUGAAUGACAUCCUUGCUCAGGUCGCUACCAAUACCGAUGGCAGCAAAAAUGUCGGAAACUCAAUCCUCUAUGAGACAGUCCUGACCGUAUUAGAGAUUGAAGCUGACAGUGGCCUCCGUGUCAUGGCAAUUAACAUCCUCGGAAAAUUCCUCAGUAACCGAGACAAUAACAUCCGCUACGUGGCCCUCAAUACCCUCAACAAGGUCGUUUCGAUAGACACGAAUGCCGUUCAGCGACACAGAAACAUUAUCUUGGAUUGUCUCCGGGACGGUGAUAUCUCAAUCCGACGCCGGGCCCUUGAGCUAUCAUACGCACUCAUUAACGAGGGCAAUGUUCGGAUACUGAUUCGGGAGCUCCUUGCCUUUCUUGAGGUCGCCGACGAUGAGUUCAAGCUAGGUAUGACAACCCAGAUCAGCCUCGCUGCCGAGCGAUUCGCGCCGAACAAGAGGUGGCAUAUCGAUACUUUCCUUCGUGUCCUGAAGCUUGCUGGCAACUUCGUACGCGAAGAGAUCCUAUCAGCGUUCAUUCGUCUCGUCGCCCAUACACCUGAGCUUCACGCUUACACAGCAUCAAAGCUGUACACUUCCUUGCGGGCAGACAUCUCCCAAGAGUCACUAACCUUGGCUGCGACAUGGGUUAUUGGCGAGUACGGCGACGUACUGCUGGAGGGAGGCUUAGUCGAUGAAGACCAGCCUAAACCUAUUUCCGACGUUGAGCUAGUCGACCUACUUGUUUCCGUUCUGGACUCUCCUUACGCCAACUACCUCACCCGCCAGUUUGUCUUGACCGCGUUAACGAAGAUAUCUUCACGACCAACAACCUCGGCAGUUCAGCAGGAACGGAUACAGGCGCUUCUCGCGACAUAUACGACCAGCCCUGAGCUUGAGAUUCAGCAGCGAGCAGUUGAAUUUGCUAACUUGUACAACCUGGGUGAAAUUCGUGCCGGCGUGCUGGAGCGUAUGCCCGCGCCAGAACUGAAACAGACCGUGAUCGGCGUUGUCAGCGAGAACAAGCCGGUUGGUUCGUUGCAGCCCAGCAGGGAGGACAAUCUCCUGGGGGACGAUAUUCCCGCUACACCGGCUCCCAAUGGCGCUGCUGCUGCUCCCGUACAAAGCAAUCACGACCUCCUUGCCGAGAUCUUCGGCAGCUCGUCAACAGAGUCCGCGCCGUCCGCAGCGCCUGCGCCUGCUGCUCUUGCCCCGAAGAGUACAGUCAAUGACAUUCUUGGCCUCUUUGACUCGCCUGCCCCUGCAGCGCCAUUUGCGGCGCCAGCCAUUGCUGCUGCACCAUCCACAUUCAGUCUGCCGCAGACGCAGACGCCGCCACCACAGGCACAGUCUACGGCGCCGCGGCUAACGUCAUAUCCAGCUUACGACAAGAACGAGCUGAAAAUAUCGUUGACGCCACAGACUUCGGCCCAACGCCCCGGUAUUGUACAUGUUCUUGCGCGCUUCCAGGUAACAAGCAAUAACCCCGCGACUGGGCUGAGCUUUCAGGCGGCAGUGCCGAAAUCUCAACAGCUUCAGAUGCUGCCAAUGUCGAGUCCGGACGUGCACCCGGGUGCGGUCGAGACGCAGCAAAUGCGAGUCAUCGCUCCUGCCGGUGCCAACGUACGCCUGCGGCUGAGGAUAUCCUACAAUCUGGGCGGACGCCAGAUCCAGGAGCAGGUCGACUUUUCCGGCUUCCCGCCAGGCCUCACGGGCAAUGCCUCAUGACGAAGAUGUACAUAGACGAAUUGCAUACUGCUCUCUCUUCCGUGUCGUUGACACAUCUGUACAUUGCAGGUCACUUUGUACAUCCG